AUGGGUGCUGAAAUUCCACAAGGAGGAGAUGCCGCUUCUACUUCCACUCCAAAGCCAGAGACUGCUCCGCCGAUGAAUGAUCCAAAGCCAGUGGUGAAAGAUCCCGAAAAGAACGUUUCCGAACAGCCUUCCAAGCAGGGGCGCAACAUCUGCAUGGUGCUGCUUUUGAGUGCAGUCUUGCUAGCCGUCAUCCUUGCAUUGGUUCCUGACUGGGGCGAAGAUAAGGAAGAAACGAAAGUAGAAACAGAGGCCAAAUCAAAGCCUCUUGCCAAGGUCUUUGAGCCUAUUCUUCCGGUGUUUGGCGAAAAUAUCACAAAAGGAUAUGAUAACGUUGCAGAACUUGAGGAUGAUCUUCGCCAGUUCGGAUUCAUGACCUUGAACCAACAGAUGAGCGGUUUCAUUGGUGGAGGCGGCUGGGGCUGUGGUGGUGGCUACUACUUGCGUGAACCUGACGUUAUGGAAGAUAUAGCCAUGGACGGUGCAGCACCUCCAGGUGCGCCUGAUGGUGGUGCAGCUGCGGACUCUCCAGCAGACAAGGUCAACUUUGAUGGAGUUGAUGACUUUGGAACAAACAACCAAGAAGAAAGUAUCGAUACUGCGGAUCAAGCCAAGUCUGAUGGUACCUUCAUUUACGCCUCCUAUGGGGACACUCUUGUUGUCUGGAAUGUUACCGACGGAGAGAUUUUGAGCAAGGUUCAAAUGCCCAAGAUCGACAUUGAAAAGACAAAUGACCAAGACAAACUCGAUGGACCAUACGGCCACUACUACCGUUGGACGCCAAAGCCGAAUAUCGAAGCAAUCCUCCUCGAAGGGGAUAACCUGGCUAUCGUUGUAACUGGCUACGGCGCAGAACACGAAUCAAAACUCACUGAACCAGCCCCCAUUUGCAACUACCUUGGAACUCGGAUCAUGAUUUAUGACAUUAAUGGAGGAGAACCAAGGUUCUUGCGACAGCAAGAUGUCCAUGGAUUCUUCAAGCAAGCUUACUCUGUUGAUGGAGUAGGUCAUGUUGUCACCCAAGCAUCCAUUGAUACAUGGACCCACCUACGAGAACCAAUCCAACGAUGGAAAUUCGAAGGCUUGACGGACGAAGAGUACGAAGCUGAAUCUGUUCGUAUUGCUCAAGAACAAGUCCCCAUGUUUGCUUCGAAACUAGCCAACUUGUUGGGCUCAGUCGAUCUCACUCGUCUCAGUCUCUUUGUCAGCUCCAUUGAUGAUGAAGACACUUUGGAUGGAAUCAUGUCGCAACUCAGAGUUGCUGAUUCCAUCGCCAUGGUUGGCUCUUUCAAGAUCAAUGAUGAUACCGCCUCUACCUCGACUGAACUCGAAGUGUCCUUGGCUGGAACGACUCAACCAGGAUACUGGGGCGAUGUGUAUGCGAAUGCGAAUAUGAUCAUUAUUGCUGACAAAGGUUACGAGUGGGUUGCCGACAAGGAAGAGUAUGCAGAGAUGACCUUUUUGGUUGGCUUCCGUUUGGAUGGCGCUUCUGCAAAGCAUGAGGUGGUUGGAUCUGUAUUUGGAAAACCACUGAAUCCUUACUCAUUGGACAUGGUCGAGAAAGAUGGAGAAUUCAACAUUCGCAUUGCUACAACUAUCACGUUCUGGAACGGCUUUAUUCUCACCGACCAAGGUGGUGGUGAAAUGAUUGACAGUUGGGUUGGAACUGGCAUUUCGUCGGAACCAGCAGACAAUAAUGAUGAGUCCAAUACUUGGAAUGAGAUUGUCGUGCUUGGAACAAACGGCCCGAAUGGAUCAUUGCUCGAGAAGAAGAGCGGCGUACGCCUUGGAAAACCAAAUGAGAGAUUCACUGCCGUGCGCUUCCUUGACGACAUUGCCUAUGCUGUGACCUUUGAGCGAAUUGAUCCGUUGUAUACAGUGGACUUGUCCAACCCCAACGACAUUAAGGUUUUGGGAGAGUUGGAGGUUACUGGAUUUUCGGAAUACUUGCAUCCUAUCGAAGGUGGCAAGAUCCUCGCCGUCGGUCAAGAGACUGACGAUAGAGGUUCUGUUAUUGGUCUUCAAAUUUCUCUGUUUGGUGCAUCUGACCCUACGGAUCUCUCCUUGAUCGACCGUCUUGUACUCCUGAACGAAGAGAAUGGAUCCACAAGCAGCGGAGCUUCGUGGGAACCCAAAGCCUUCCGCUACUUUACAGUGAACGAUAUUGGUAUCCUUAUCAUUCCUGUCACCAAGUACUAUUGGAGGAACUGGGCCAUUGACGAGAUGCCUCCACCAAUGGAAGACCAAUUGACAUUGGUAGAAGAUGAAGGCGCUCCGGUUCCUCUUGAUGAGGAUGAAUGGUACCCCCCACAACAAAGAGACAACUUUGAUGGGUUCGAACUCUUUACUAUCGAGAACGAUGUCAUUUCUCGUUAUUUUGCCAUUGAUCACGAGGACUUCAACAACCUCGGGAUUACCUCUUGCCAGAACUGGUGUGGAAACCUUCCCGAGAGAAGCUUUGUCGUUGACGGAGAUCUCAUCACUAUGAAGGGCCAAUCAGUUCUCAGCACCGAUCUUAAUACCGAGCGAGUUGCCUGGUCCACCAAUAUGCAGCAAGCGGUGUGCUGCUCUGCUUAA